GUUUCAUAAUAAAGCUCACCAUGAGAUCCAGAAGUCAGAAUCAGACAGGUGAAGGUCAAAGUCAAACUAAUCAAUCAACCAAACCACAGAAGCACCUGAACCAUAAACUAGAAGGUUUUCAGUUCUCACUGACCUCUCCAUUGGCGAACCACUCCAUUUCCAUUUGGACUUUUACGCAAACCAGACUCAUACAUAAACCCUUGAGCUCAAAGACAGUAUCAUCAACCCACAAACCCUUGAGCUGCAACACCAACAAUCUUGCCUUUUAGACCACAUCCAAUGGAUACCACCGUUCCACCAUCUGGCACAAAGCCCCUUACAAUAUUCAAGAUGGGUUUAGCCUCCGCAAGCAUCCGUUUGGCUAGCCUUGCUUCUCGUUCGAAGAGGAAACUUUUUCGUUGGACUGCAUGUUAUGGCUCUGGGUAUCAUGAACCUGUUAUACAUCUCCAAAACGACAGGACUAUGAUGAUGAUGAACAAUGGUGGUAUUUAUGAGCCAAACGAAGGUGAACCGAGCAUGCUCUUGAGCGGGGAUCAGAGACGAGGUCCGUUGUGGCAGAAGAACAUUCUCAUGGGAGGAAAAUGCCAGCUUCCAGAUUUCUCCGGUGUUAUAUUGUAUGAUGCUGAUGGACAAGUUGUUCCUCCGGCCAAGAACUCUCUUCCUUUGCUCACCUGGAAGUAAAUGAAAAAGGAAACCUACUUAUUAUUUGUUUGUUUGCAUCAAUUUCUUGAAUGUAUGGUAUCGCUCUAUGAUUUUCUAUUAUUAAAAGAUUUAAGGAAAUAUGAAUUGUGUGAA